AUGUACCGUCGCAGCGACCCGCGGUGGAAUCGCACGCUCCAUCAGAUCACCGAGAACCUCGAGCACGCAAACGAAUCGGCGCAGGAGAACAUCUACGGCUUCACGCAGCGCUAUGUUAAUCCGUGCUUCUCGUCGAUAACCCAAUGCGUCAACGCGUGCACGGCGCCAUGCUUCCCAGCGCACAACGACCGCCGGCGCAAUCGCGGGCGGUCACGAGGCCGGGCAGAAGUCAGCUUUGACUUCUACGACGACUGGGAGGACGAUGAGAACGACGGCCUCCUGGGCUGGGGCAGCGACAACCUCGACCGCUUCCUCGGCGGCGCUUCCAAUUAUGGCGCAACAUCGCAGCCUGGCCGACAGAGCGGCAUGAGUUAUGGGCAGCGAAAUCGCGACCCAAGAUAUAAUACACCGCGCCGGAAAAGCACGACGUUGCCACGAGAUGGUGCCCAAGACCCGACUCUCAUCCCGAGUUCCUCGUACUUUGGCUUCUUGGGACGCUUGCCUUUCAAGAUUGGCGGCAGAGGACUGCGAUACAAGCCCUCGGCCGCAGACCUCAUAGAGCACCCAGGCGCGACAAGAAGAAACCGUGAGGAGGAAGAGCCACUGAUAGAGGAUAGCGACGAGGAUGCGCUCGACGGGCCCGAGAACAAAGGCCACCGCCGACAGCGAAGCAACACGCACACAUCGGGCCACACAACCGACUCCCUCAGCUCGCGAGGCGACAUCUUCCCGAGCGAAGACGAGCUCGAAGACGCCGUGCCCCUCGACGACGAAUUCACCAUCGCCCUCGAGCGCCGCACAACAGGGCAAUGGAACGAAGACACGCCCAGCAGCAACAAAGCCCGCUCAAGCAAGAGCAAGCGCCCCUCCGCAUCCCGCGUAUCCACGCGCACGCUCUCCUCCCGCAACACAAGCAACUCGGACAAACCGCCCCUCUCCGCGCGCUCCGUCUCCGAAACAAUCGAACAAGUUCCCCCCACGCUCGACGAACUCUCGAAAGAAGAGGAACGUCUUCGUUUAGAAGAGGAGAGGGAAGUCAGUCGCAAACGGCAGGAAGCGCAACAACUCGCCGUCAAGCGCGGGCUAGCGCCCGAUCAACCUCUCACCAAAUCUAGUACACCUCGUUCGGCGUCGCCAGCGCGAUUUAUGACAACGGUAGACUCGACUGUAUCGCCACUUGUACGCACGCCCGCUGGCGAGACUGCGCCGUCAAUCGACCAGAGCGAUGCGAUUCCUUUCCCGAGUUUCGUAGAUACGCAGACGAUGCCGGAUAGUAGUGCGUUCUAUGUGGAUGAGAGCGAUUACUCGAGUAAGGCUGUUACGCCCAAUCGGCCACUGUCUAUUAAAGACGAGGUGAGAGAGGAAGACGGAAGAGGGGGAGUUGGUCAAGAGCCAUUUGUUCCGGCUAGGUUACCGCAUUUUGGGUCUGGAUAG